GCACGCGUGGCCCGGCGCCGGGCAUCGCGCGCGGCGGAGUCCCGCAGGCCCAGUCAGAGCAUCGGUGUAGUCGUGCGGCCAGACAUGACGGGUCUGCAGCCGGCCAAGAAGCUGACGCCGUUCUCGGUGGAGGCCCUGCUCGCCGACGUUGUGACCAGCGGGCCCAGGGACGUGCAGGAGGCCCAAGUGACCAGCUCGUCGAGCAACGCGGAGCCGGACUUGUGCCUGCCGCCCGAGCAAGCGCUCCACUGGGGAGCCGCCUGGUUCACGCGAUCCUCUCCCGCGCCCGGUCAUCUCGACACCCCCGGCGGCCCGUGCAAGCUUCCGGCGCCGGUCAAGUGCCAGCUGCGCAAGCACAAGUCCAACCGCAAGCCUCGCACGCCGUUCACGACGCAGCAGCUGCUCUCGCUGGAGCGCAAGUUCCGCGCCAAGCAGUACCUGUCCAUCGCCGAGCGCGCCGAGUUCUCCUCGUCGCUGAGCCUGACGGAGACGCAGGUCAAGAUUUGGUUCCAGAACCGGCGUGCCAAGGAGAAGCGGCUCAAGGAGGCCGAGAUCGAGCGGCUGCGCAUGGCCGCGCGGCCCCCCGUGCUGCCCUUCUUUGGACCGUUCGGCGCGCUGUGCCCGGCGCCCGGCGGGCUCCACGCGCCUGUGUUCGCGCCGGCCGUGUUCGCACCGUGUGCGCCGCCGCCUGCCGAGCGACAGCCGCCGCCGUAGCCGCCAGCGGGAAAGAAGACCGCCUCCUGUAAAUUGUAAAUAUCUGUACAUAGCCCGGACCAGAGCGCCCAUUAAAUUAUUUUCCUAUAAGA